AUGGAUCUAAUUUGUCUUGCAUAUUCCCUCUUCCAAAACUUCAAGGGACUUAUUGUCGACUUCAUUCUGAGUUCCAAAUAUCGAGUAUCAAGCCAGGAAUUCUUUCAAAAGAGAAGUUCUGAUGACAGUUUUAGAUUGAUAGAGUAUGAGCUUAGCUUCAUGUACAAUGUUCUUCAUACAAAGGUGGCUGUGGUACGAAGCAGAGCUGGUCUCGUCCUUCGGAUUAUAAGCUUCUUUUUCAUGGUUGGUGCUUUGAUGUUCUUCCUUUUUUUAGUUGAUAAGGAUGAGUUUGAGAUGCUCGAACUCAUCCUUACUUAUAGUUUGUUAAUUGGAGCCAUAGUUCUUGAUAUUACAUCUGGACUUAUACUCAGUUCCUCAGACUGGUUCCUAGUUUCCCUCCAGAACUGGAAAAAAUACAUUCCAAAUUACGUUUUGGAAAGAAGGUGGUCUGCUUCGGUUUCCCAGUAUAAUAUGAUUGGGUACUGCAUAGAUUGGCGUUGGAUAUGGGAGUACCACUAUCCUGACUUUGUCAGGAGCACAUUAGACAAGAUGAAAAUGUUAUGGUUUUCAUCAUCCGAGAAAAACAUUGAUGAUCUCAAAAGAUUUAUCUUUGAAGAGCUGAAAAAGAAAUCUUCAGAAACAUAUUCUUUAAGCGAAGCCGUAGAGAAAUGUUCACAAAGAGGGGAUGGAGCUAUGUUCGGGUCUUCAAGCUAUAUCAAACUUAAAUGGAGCAUCAGUGAGUUUCAAUAUGCUGAAAGCCUUCUUCUUUGGCACUUAGCUACUGAACUUUGCUAUAAUGACCGGAAGGACAGAUCAAGCUCAGAAGAUAAGGGAUUAGCUACUGAUAAUGGAGUUGGCAGUGAUCAAAAGGAAAAGGAGGAAUCAACCAAUAAAAAUGAUAUUGACAAUAAGAGAGUUACCAAGAUGAUUUCAGAUUAUAUGUUUUAUCUUCUGGUAAUGAAACCAACAAUGCUGGCACCAGUUUUGGGAAAUUGGCAGAUAGUUUUUCAGGAUACCUUUGCAGAGGCUAAGAGAUACUUCACUAAACAUCCAAUAUCAGAUCAUUCCGAAGCCUGCAACCAGUUGAUCAAUGUAAAAACAAAAUUCAGGCCUGCUGCAGUGAAAGGAAUUAGGAGCAAAUCUGUGUUAUUUGAUGCAUGUAUACUUGCUCAGCAGCUCAAACAUUUGGAGGAAGAUGGAGGUGGUUUGGAGGAUUUGAAGGAGGACCAGUGGGAGCUAAUGAGUAGGGUGUGGGUGGAACUAUUAACAUACGGUGCUAUCAAUUGUAGGCCAAUUGUACAUGCGCAACAACCAAGUAAAGGUGGAGAAUUUUUGACUUUCACUUGGUUGCUGAUGAAUCAUUUGGGACUUGGUUCACAGUUCCACGAGCAGGAAUUGCAAGAAGGAACCAAAGUUGUAGCUGUAAAGUGA